CUCGGUGCUCCCAUGAACGGCUCCAGCUCGCCGGCCUGGCCGCUCGCCAUGGACACUAUGAAAACCACCUACAUCGCGCUGGAGCUCAUCAUCGCCGUGCUCUCCAUCGCCGGCAACGUCCUCGUGUGCUGGGCUGUGGCCAUCAACAGCACCCUGAAGAACGCCACCAACUAUUUCCUGGUGUCCCUGGCCGUGGCCGACAUCGCCGUGGGGCUGCUCGCCAUCCCUUUUGCCAUCACCAUCAGCAUCGGCUUCCAGGCGGAUUUCCACAGCUGCCUCUUCUUUGCCUGCUUCGUGCUGGUGCUGACCCAAAGCUCCAUUUUCAGCUUGCUGGCGGUGGCCAUCGACAGGUACCUGGCUAUCAAGAUCCCUCUGAGGUAUAAUAGUCUGGUAACUGGGAAGCGGGCAAGAGGACUCAUCGCUGUGCUGUGGGUCCUGUCCUUUGGAAUUGGACUGACUCCGCUUAUGGGCUGGAAUAAAGCCAUGAGUGGGUGUCCCAACGCCACCAAUGAGACAGGGGCUGCCACUGAGAAUGACCACCAUGGCUGCUUCAUCUCAUGCCUCUUUGAGAACGUGGUGACGAUGAGCUACAUGGUGUACUUCAACUUCUUUGGUUGUGUGCUGCUUCCACUCGUGAUCAUGCUUGGAAUCUAUGUCAAGAUAUUCAUGGUCGCCUGCAAACAGCUGCAUCAGAUUGAACUGAUGGGCAACUCCAAGACCACACUACAGAAGGAGGUUCAUGCAGCCAAGUCUCUGGCCAUCAUCGUAGGACUUUUUGCUUUUUGUUGGCUGCCCCUGCAUAUCUUGAACUGCAUCACACUCUUCCAUGAGGACUUCUCCAGAUCCAAGCCCGAGUGGGUGAUGUACAUGGCCAUCAUCCUCUCCCAUGCCAACUCUGUCAUCAAUCCCAUCAUCUAUGCCUACAGGAUCAGGGACUUCCGCUACACAUUCCGCAAGAUCCUCUCCAAGAUCCUGUGUAAGGCAGACGACUUGCCCAAGUGCUCCACUGACAACAACCAGCACCUGACUGUCUCCAACAUUAACUCUGCAACAGCCUCUGUGACCAUCUGACCUUGCAGGUCCUGCUCCUAGGAUUUUGCAGUUUGUCCCUGACACUACCCUUCCUUGUGCCUAUGGGAACAGCUAACUCCUAGAGGAGCGCUCAGAGACGACCACUAUGCAGUUAUGCAGCUGUAUUUUUUUAUUUUUUUUAUUAACAUAGUGCCUCCUAGAGGAAUAACCUGACUGGAGAGACUGCGUGCAGCUCCCCCUCUACUGUAACCCAGGUUCCAUGAGUGCUGUUGAUCUUAUUGUAUGUCUUUCUUUUCCAGGUCAGACAUUGACUAUGGAAGACCCACCUGCUGGGGGUGUUUCCCCAAUUGUGCUGCUCAUGUCAAGUCCUAGGAUCUUUAUUUUUAUUAUGAUUAUUUUUUUAUUCUUUUAAUUCACUUAGUAAUAAUUUUGUGUCUGUUUUUGAGUUGUUCUUUAAGUCCAUACUUGACAGCACUUUGGUAAUACCCUAAUUAUUCCAUCAAUUGUUUGAUGCAGCUCGUAUUCUCUGAUGGGAAAAAGUCUUACUUUGACCAAUUGCUGGUGUGAAACUGAGUCUGUGUUUCCAGGCUUGGAGGGAAGUGAUUGUGCUAAUGGGAAAACAAGUUCAUUAGCUGGCCAUGUAUUUUUGCCCCAAUACAGAAGCCCUACAUACAAAAUGCUAAAAUGUUAGGAAAAGGCUGACUGAAUAAGACAUUAGCAGUCUUAUUGUCUUUAAAGCACUUUGUUCUACUGGAUUUAUUGAAUUCUUUAGACCAAUGCUUCAGGUUUGUUAUCAAAUGGGAUUUCUGUUUUCAAAAUUCAGAAGGCAGAAGCAUCAAAGCAGUCACAGAUAGUGUGGUCCAAAGUCUCUGAGGUUAGUGGAAACACUCCCUUGGUGACAGAUCUCUACAGUUCGACUUUGCUCUCAAGUCAAAACUUGACAGACCUGCACUGCUUCCACAAGUGCAGGCUUUUUGCUGUGACAGCUCACCUGAUUCCUAGAACUUGAUCUUGCUGGGGUUCAUGGAUAUCCUAGUAAGCCUCCGAAGCCGAGAGUGCUCUUUUUCUAGCAGUGGGGAGGUUUUAUUCGGACCUACAUCAGCAGCAAAAGGCACUGGAAAGGAACUAUUUUGCCUGAGAAACUAGAAUGUGUUGGCCCAGGAGCUGGUCUUGGCUGAGCUCUUUGGGAAAUAAGUUCAUACCAUAGAUUUUCUAGCCUUGACUUUAACUGCCGAGCCCUGGCCUUUUAAAAGAAAAGGCCCACUCAGCUGCAGAGUGGUCUUAAAUUGCACUGCAAAUUAGUAACCUCCCACAGCCGCAGUUCAUUUUUUAAUUACUGCACCUGAUUUGCUAUGUAACUAUGGCAUACAAAACUAUAGGAAGGUAGAAGGAACAGUGCAUUAUUUUCCAAAAUACUAGUACUCUCCAAAUUGCAUUGAGACUACAGCACUAGUGUAAGUGAACCAGUGUUUCUGGUAUCCUCCAGCUGGGCAGUUCAUUCCACAACUGAAAGAAAUGGGGUGAGGAAAGGGAGUCAGACAAAACAUGAGGCUCCCUCCUUCAUGCCCCAAAGCUGAUUCUAGCACAGAGACACGUCUGUGCUUGACUGAUAAUACUCAGACAUGAAGCACACCAUGCUACUGCUCUGGCCAUAAAGUGGCUGUGGAAGCAAAAACGUUUUGUUAAAGGACAGAUCAAAGACUAGGUCAGAUCUGCUACAUUUGUAGCCUACUUAAAAUCAGGAGUUUGACCUGAUGGCACUUCAGGGGCUGAAAAGUGGUAGCAUUUCUUCCUGUAGCACUCCACGCCGAAAGAAGCACUAUGAUCACUAUGACUGCUGGUAAGCUGGAGUGCAAGAAUAUGGUUUAACUGACCUUCCUAAUCCACGACAGGAGACAGAGAUAGGAAGCAGUCAUUUCACAGUGAGGUUGCAGGUAGGGAAAUGUAAACACAUCCACAUCCUGGAGGACAGGCCCAGUGGGGAGACUGUGAUCUGUAGAACAGUAUGGCCCUAAAAAAUUGCACUUGAACUAUAGAGAUAUCAGCUUUUUUUUCCCUUUUUUUCUAACUGUAUUGCACUAUAGGGGUGAUGCAACAUAAGACACAUCCCCCUUCCUUCCCUUCCCCCCCUUCAGAGCUUUAUUUCUUUGGAAUAUAUAGAUGACAAAUAACCUGUAAAAUCAACUGAAAACAAGCCCUUAAAAUCUGAAUCUGAACAAGUUCUGCUGCAGCAGCAUCUGCUCGGCCAGCUGAUGUGAUCUGCAAGGAGAUCACUGCAGGUGGGAUCCCAGGCCCAGCAUGCACACAGGGGCCAGUUCUCUAACAAGUGGUGAAUGUAAAUGCUUUGUAUUUAGCAGCUCAACAGAUAGACAGAGCCUGGCCCAAACCUUGGUGAAUCACCAGCAAGCUCUGAAUGGGCCUGCAGAUGCUUAGGUUAUAUCCACAUUCAGCUGCAGCUGGUUUGGGUAUCUCAGAUACUGGCAUUUCCAAAAAGAAUCCGAAUAGUUAAAGUUACUGUCCCAAGUGCUUCUCCUUUAACAUCCCCAUUCAGCUUUGCUGCAUCUGCCCUGUUCAUGGUCCAGCUAACGGAUGUAUCCACCUCCCUCCUGCCAUUUCGGCAGUGUUUGGCUCUCCUUACUUCAUUCCUUCCCUUCCUUAUUAUCUUUGGCUGUGUUCCUCCUGUUAAUCAUAGCUGGAAACAACCAAGGUUUCACCUGCAGGUCUGGCAGUGUUGCAAAGUGGUUGCAAGCCACACUUAUCCUUCCAAUAAAAAAUG